UCAGGCCCAGGAGGGGAGGCCGGGCCGGGCCCGGGCCUGGGCCUGGGGUAGCUCAGGGUGUGGGGUCAUCCUCGGCCUUAGAGCGCAGCCCCAGCCCCAGGGAGAGGGAGAGCCCGGGGGCCGGGGGCCUGAGGCCUAGGCCGCGGGAGGAAGGGCAGUGACGGGGUCAGAGCCAUGGGAGACAGCGAUGACGAGUACGACCGGAGGCGCCGGGAUAAAUUCCGUCGGGAACGGAGCGACUACGACCGUUCCCGGGAGCGAGACGACCGACGGAGAGAUGAUUGGAAUGACAGAGAGUGGGACCGAGGGAGAGAGCGGAGGAGCCGUGAGUACAGGGACUAUGACCGAGGCCGAAGGGAGCGGUUCUCUCCCCCUCGACAUGAGUUGAGCCCUCCCCAGAAGCGGGUGCGAAGGGAAUGGGAUGACCACGUCGCUGACCCAUAUCACGCCGGCUAUGAGAUGCCAUACGGCGGUGGGGGUGGUCCCAGCUACGGUCCCCCUCAGCCCUGGGGUCCCCCUGAUCUGCACAUGAUGCAGCAACACCACGGCAUACCCAUCCAGGCCAGUGUCCCUUUUACCCCCAGGCUGGGCAAUCUGCAUGAGCUGGAGGUGGGUCCUCCACCCCCAGUGAUGAAGACCUUCAAGGAGUUCCUGCUAUCCCUCGACGACUCCGUGGAUGAGACCGAGUCGGUGAAACGCUAUAACGAGUACAAGAUCGAAUUCCGACGUCAGCAGAUGCAGGACUUCUUCCUGGCUCACAAAGACGAGGAAUGGUUCCGCUCAAAGUAUCACCCAGAUGAAGCUGGGAAACGGAAACAAGAGGCUGACUACGGCCUCCGCACACGCCUCAGUGUGUACUGUUACCUGAUGGAGCACAGCUGGUUCGAAGGCCUUUCACUUGACAUUGAUAAAGCCAACAUCAUCAUGAAGGCUUUAGACGCUGCUGUCAUAAAGAUGGAGGGUGGAACGGAAAAUGACGUGAAAAUUCUAGAGCUGGAGGAUGAAGAGGAAAAGGCAGAAAAAUCCGAACCUGGGAAGAAGGAAGAAGGGAGGCUCGUGGAUAGUGACAAGAAAGUGGUGGAAAAGGAAGACGCCAGCAAAAAGGCAGAAACCAGUCCGCCAGCCGAGGAGGAGAAGAAGGACAAGGAAGAUGGUAAAUUGAAAGAGUCGCCCGGGCAAGAGGAGGAGGAGAAGGGUGAAGAGGGGGAAGAGAAGGAUGACGCUGAUCAGUCUCAGGUUGUGAAGGAGAGCCCAGUCUCAGUCAAAGCUGUGAAGAAGCGGAAGAGGAAACGCAGCGGUGACGACAGUUACGAUGAGGACGAUGCCUCACACUCCGACUCAGAGUCAGAGAGUGAAGUGGCUCUGACAACUGGGGAGAGAACUGAGCAGGAGCCUUCAGGCAAACCGAAGGGCGAGGGUGAGAAAAGCCAGAAGGAAGAGGAGCCAAACCCAGAGAACAAGGAGGAGGAGAAACAAAAGGAAAAACCAAAGGAGGAGAAGAAAGAGAUUGAGAUCACUCCGAAACCUCGGCCGCUUCACAAAACCUGCUCACUGUUCAUGAGGAGCAUCGCUCCAAAUAUCUCCAAGGCCGAGAUCAUAUCGCUCUGUAAAAGGUUUCCUGGCUUCAUGAGAGUGGCAUUAUCUGACCCACAGCCAGAGCGCAGAUUUUAUCGGCGAGCGUGGGUCACCUUCGAUCGCAGUGUCAACAUCAAAGAAAUUUGUUGGAAUCUCCAAAAUAUCCGACUCCGAGACUGUGAACUGAGCCCAGUGGUGAAUCGGGAUCUGGCCCGGCGUGUCCGCAGUAUUAACGGUAUCACACAGCACAAACAGAUCGUUCGCAACGACAUCAAACUCGCAGCUAAACUCAUCCACUCACUGGAUGACCGCUCGCAACUGUGGUCCUCUGAGACCGUCACUGAGGAAGGCCGCGUCGAGAACCUGUCCUCUCAGAACCCCAUCCUGAAGAACAUCACCGAUUACCUGAUUGAGGAAGUGAGCGCUGAGGAAGAGGAGCUGAUGGGCAAUGCCACUGAGGCACCGGAUGAUGGACCGAAGGAAGGCAACCCAGAGGUCAAUAUCGAGAGGGAUGAGAAACUCAUCAAGGUACUGGACAAACUCCUGCUUUACCUUCGCAUUGUCCACUCCAUCGACUACUACAACACAUGCGAGUAUCCCAAUGAGGAUGAGAUGCCGAACCGGUGCGGGAUCGUACACGUUCGGGGACCGCUGCCCCCCAACAGGGUUUCACAGCACGAAGUUGCGGAGUGGCAGAAGCUGUUUGAGGAGAAACUGACGCCGUUGUUCAGUGUGAGGGAGUGCCUUUCCGAAGAGGACGCUGCAAAGAUGGGGAAGAAGGAUCCUGAGCAGGAGGUGGAGAAGUUUAUCCUGGCCAACACGCAGGAGCUAGCCAAGGACAAGUGGCUGUGCCCUCUGAGUGGCAAGAAAUUCAAGGGGCCAGAGUUUGUUCGGAAACACAUCUUCAACAAGCACAGCGAGAAAAUUGAAGAGGUUAAAAAGGAGGUCUCCUUUUUCAACCACUUCCUGAUGGACGCAAAGAGACCGGCCCUGCCGGAGAUUAAAUCCAAUCAGCCGCCAGCACCCGGAGCCCAGCCACUGGGUUUGAACCCAGCUCUGGGUUAUCCUCACCAUUCCCCCCAAGGCUUGCUGGGAUUUGGCCAGCCACGCCCCCCCGUGAUGGGCUUUGCAGCUGGACCAGCCUAUCCCCCUCCUCAGUAUGGAGGCCGUGGAGCCUAUGAUGCAUACCGAGGGCAGGGAGGCUACCCAGGGAAGCCCAGGAACAGGAUGCUGAGAGGUGAUCCCAGAAACAUUGUAGAAUACAGAGACCUGGAUGCUCCCGAGGAUGUGGACUUUUUUUAAGUGUUCCUAAUAAGGCUGUCCAUCGACCAGAGCGUUUGUUAUUCUGUUCUUUGUUAAGUUAAAGAAUUUUUCGUAAGAUUCCAGUAUUUUGUCCAGACAGACGGUAUGUUGUAACGUAGAGUUUUCUGUUUUCCCCAGAGGCGCAAACCCAUCCUGAAACUGUGAUGUAAUGUGUUCUGCUGAAGAACUUGAAAUAAAAGGAACUCUUUACUGGCUUGUUA